UACCGUAUAUCAUGAACCAUGCAGCGGCGGAGGGCUCCGCUGGAGGGCGCCGCCGAGCUCCUGCAAAACUAGCCGUGCUGAACGUUGGAGCUGUGCUUAAGAUGGCACUGGACGGCCUCGACCAUAUGGAGUUGGAGGAGAGCAAAGGCGGCUCUGGCCUCCGACAGUACUACCUGUCCAAAAUAGAGGAGUUACAGUUGACGGUGAACGAAAAGAGCCAGAAUCUCAGACGUCUGCAGGCCCAGAGGAACGAGCUGAAUGCCAAAGUGCGUCUCCUGCGGGAGGAGCUGCAGCUGCUGCAAGAGCAGGGCUCCUAUGUGGGUGAGGUGGUCCGAGCUAUGGACAAGAAGAAAGUCCUGGUUAAGGUUCAUCCUGAGGGGAAAUUUGUGGUGGAUGUGGACAAGAACAUUGACAUCAAUGAUGUGACUCCAAAUUGCCGUGUAGCACUUCGUAAUGACAGCUACACGCUGCACAAGAUCCUUCCCAACAAAGUGGACCCCCUGGUUUCCCUGAUGAUGGUCGAGAAGGUGCCCGAUUCCACUUACGAGAUGAUUGGCGGCCUGGACAAGCAGAUCAAAGAGAUCAAGGAAGUGAUUGAGUUACCAGUGAAGCAUCCUGAGCUGUUCGAGGCCCUUGGAAUUGCGCAGCCAAAGGGGGUGCUGUUGUAUGGACCACCCGGCACAGGAAAGACCUUGCUGGCCAGAGCUGUGGCUCACCACACAGACUGCACCUUCAUCAGGGUGUCCGGCUCAGAGCUGGUGCAGAAGUUCAUUGGCGAGGGUGCCCGUAUGGUGCGCGAGCUGUUCGUUAUGGCCCGUGAGCAUGCACCUUCCAUCAUCUUCAUGGAUGAGAUCGACUCUAUUGGCUCCUCGCGGCUGGAGGGAGGCUCCGGGGGCGACAGCGAGGUGCAGAGGACCAUGCUGGAGCUCCUCAACCAGCUGGACGGCUUUGAGGCCACCAAGAACAUUAAGGUCAUCAUGGCCACUAAUCGCAUUGACAUUCUGGACUCGGCUCUGCUGAGACCUGGCCGCAUCGACAGGAAGAUAGAGUUCCCCCCUCCCAACGAGGAGGCUCGUUUGGACAUUCUGAAGAUCCAUUCCCGGAAGAUGAACCUGACCCGUGGAAUAAACCUGCGGAAAAUUGCCGAGCUGAUGCCAGGGGCCUCAGGCGCAGAGGUCAAGGGUGUUUGCACAGAGGCUGGUAUGUACGCCCUGAGAGAGAGGAGAGUUCAUGUAACCCAGGAAGAUUUCGAGAUGGCGGUCGCAAAGGUGAUGCAGAAAGACAGCGAGAAGAACAUGUCCAUCAAGAAGCUCUGGAAAUAGACCCGUCAGCACCGCCUUGCAGCCUCACCUAUAUUGUUUUGUUUUCUUCUGUGACUUGGUUUAUAGUUGUUACCUAAGUUUAUUUUAAAUAAAUGGUAUCUCCUGCUGAGAA